AUGACGGCACUAUCUAUCUAUCUAUCUAUCUAUCUAUCUAUCUAUCUAUCUAUCUAUCUAUCUCCCUCCCUCCCUCUCUCUUUCUCUCUUUACACACACACACACACAUAUAUAUAUGAGAUGUUAAACACUUCUUUCUUUCUUUCUUUCUUUCUUUCUUUCUUUCUUUCUUUCUUUCUUUCUUUCUUUCCAAAUCUCCGAAUCGUCGGCGGUCAGCAUUACUCGCAUUCAGGAGGAGGUAGCAACGUUCUAUGUCUUCCUAUGGAUCCUAGCUGGAACAAGUUUACAGAGGCAAAAGAAGAUUCCCAAUAUAUAUACGGUGGGGAAUAUGAGAUUUCUCACUAUACUGCCGUUUCCAAGACUGGCCUAUUCUCCGACGCUAAUAGCAAGACCCUUCACGACCACAAUAUCCCGUGCGCUGUGUGUCAGACACUGAAACCAGCAGCAGUCAUGAUGCUACCAGCGCGUAAGACCUGCUAUCCGGGAUGGACACUCGAAUAUACAGGUUAUCUGAUGUCGUCGCAUUAUGGACACAAGGGGAGAAAUCCGUUUACCUGCAUAGACGCUGCUCCUGAAGCAGAUCCAGCAGGAUACAGAAAUGAAGACGGUGUAUUGUUCUAUCCAGUACAAGCCGCCUGUGGUUCGCUUCCUUGCCCGCCCUAUGUGCAGGGCAAAGAGUUGACAUGCGCAGUGUACAUUUUUCAACAUUUUUAUUACUUUUCUUUCGUUGUUUCUUUUUUUGUUUGUUUGUUUCUUCCUUUUGUUUUUUUUAUUUUUAACCCAUUAUCUUCUUUCUUUCUUUCUUUCUUUCUUUCUUUCUUUCUUUACCUUCACUUUUUUCCUUUGCUUAUUUCUUACAAAUCUUUCUUUUUAUUCAAUUUUUCUUUUUCUUUCAUUUCUCAGUCGGUCAGUCAUUCUGUCUUUUUGUUUAUCUCAUUUCAUUCUCUUCUUCUGCUUUAUUCUUCUUUUUCUUUUCAUCUGUUGACUAUUUUCCUUCUUCAUUUUUAUUCUUCUCAUUCAUAUUCAUUUCUUUACCAGCAGCCAUACCCAGCUGGUCGAUCAGAAAGAGCGCUUUUAAAUUUUUUCUUAUAUUUUCCUUCUCCUUUUAUUUGUUUUUUGUCUCUUUUCUGCUUCUUUGUUUAUGCUUCUUUUUCUUUUCUCUCUCCAUUUUUAUUCUACAUCUAUUGCUGUUUCCUUGUAAGUAUCCCAUUUUUUGACCUUCAUUCUUUGCUAGCAUUUAUCCUUCGCUUCUUCGUGUUUUUUUUCUUUUUCUCCUUUUAUCUUCUAUCUUUUCCACCUUUCUUUCUUUCUUUCUUUCUUUCUUUCUUUCUUUCUUUCUUUCUUUCUUUCUUUCUCGAAAAUUUGUAUUUGCCUCAUCUAUCUGAGGCUAUUUUUUCUACUCGCCACCUCUUCUUUUUCUCUUUCUUUCUUUUCACUUUCUUCAAACUUAUACACUUCUUCUUCUUCUUCUUUCCUUCAUAUUUCUAUUGCUUUCUUUCCUUUUCAAUAUAA